AUGGUCCAAUCUUCAGUCCAGUUUGGGGGACUGCCGUCAGAAGACCCAAACAUGCACCUCGCCAACUUCGAAGAACUGUGCCAGACAUUCAAGAUGAACGGAGUUAGUGAUGAUGCCAUCAGACUAAGGCUGUUCCCAUUCUCACUAAGGGAACGAGCCAAAAGUUGGUUUAUUUCUUUACCAACUCAUUCUAUCAACACUUGGGAGGAAUUGGCCCUGAAAUUCCUAUCCAAGUUCUUUCCUCCUACAAAGAUUGCCAAGCUGAGAGCUGAUAUCAAUAACUUCACCCAGCAUGACAGUGAAUCUCUUUAUGAAGCAUGGGAGAGGUUCAAGGACUUACUGAGAAAGUGCCCUAAUCAUGGGAUUGAGAAGUGGCUGCAAGUGCACAACUUUUACAAUGGGUUGAUGAAUGAAACCCGAACACUCAUAGAUGCCGCUACUGGUGGAGCUUUCAUGAGGAAAAGUGCUAAUGAGGCCUUUAAAUUACUUGAAGAGAUGGCCAUGACUAACCAGCAAUGGUCAACAGAAAGAGGUCCAUCUAAAAAAGUUGCAGGUAUGCAUGAAGUGGAUGCUAUUACCAAAUUGACAGCUCAGGUAGAGGCCUUAACAAAAUUAAUGUCCAAUCAAGUAAAACAAGCUCAAGUGGUCUGUGAGAUAUGUGGAGGAGGUAAUCGAAGAAAUAGUGGGUUCUAUCAACAGAGAAAUCAGAACCAGUCACAGAUGCAACAACAGACUCAAAACUAUAGUGGAAAUUCUGGUCUUCAAACAGAUUUAAUAUUGCAAUUCAUGACAGAGACGAGAUCUUCCAUUAAAGACUUGCAAACUCAGAUGGGGCAAAUAGAAUCUCAGAUAGCAACUCGUCCUCAGGGAAACCUGCCUAGUACCACCGAAGUUAAUCCUAAGGAGAACUGUAAGGCAAUUACUUUGAGAAGUGGAAAGAGUUAUGAUGGCACGAGCCAAGCCAAGCCAGAGAAUGAAGAAGAUGAACAACCAGCACCUACACCAGAAAAGCAGAAGACUACUGAUGGUCUUCAGUUGCGCAAGACUAAUACAGACAAGCAGUUUAGCAAGUUUCUUGAAGUAUUCAAAAAGCUGCACAUCAACAUUCCUUUUGCAGAAGCUCUUGAACAAAUGCCAAGCUACGUCAAAUUCAUGAAGGAGAUUUUGUCAAAGAAAAGAAAGAUGGAAGACUUUGAGACGGUAGCCCUAACAGAAGAGUGUAGUGCUAUUCUUAAAAUGCCAAGCUACGUCAAAUUAAUCAAGGAGAUUUUGUCAAAGAAAAGAAAGAUGGAAGACUUUGAGACGGUAGCCCUAACAGAGGAGUGUAGUGCUAUUCUUCAAAAUAAACUCCCUCCUAAACUGAAAGAUCCUGGGAGUUUUACCAUACCAUGCACUAUUGGAAAGAUUGAGAAUAUUCAUGCAUUAUGUAAUCUGGGGGCUAGUAUCAACCUCAUGCCCUUGUCGGUAUUUAAGAGACUUCAACUGGGAGAAGCAAAACCUACAACUGUUACACUACAACUAGCUGAUCGUUCUUUAGCCCAUCCAAGAGGAGUAAUCGAAAAUGUUCUUGUCAAGGUGGACAAAUUUAUGUUUCCUGCUGAUUUUAUAGUUCUUGACAUGGAAGAAGACAACAAUGUUCCUAUCAUCCUGGGGAGACCCUUCUUGGCAACAGGGAAAGCACUAAUUGAUGUCCAGAAAGGAGAGUUAAAGCUGAGGGUACAAGGAGAUGAAGUCGUAUUUAAUGUACUCAAGGCAAUGACUUACCCUACAGCUAGUGACAAUUGUUUCGCAAUUGAUGUGGUGGACCAGUUGGUGGAGACAAAGACGCACAUUGAAGACCCUCUUAAUCUGACUUUGGUACAAGAGGAGGUGGUGGAACAAGACGGUAAAGAAGCUAAUGAGUAUGCUAUGUGGCUCGACUCUUAUGGACCUUUGAAUAGAAGAUACUAUGAAGAGUUAGGAGUCAUCCCAACAAAGUCAGCCCCAUCUACUGAAAAGCCUCCUCAACUAGAGUUAAAAGUCCUACCGGAUCAUCUCAGAAUCCUAAUGGAGGAAGGAGUGAAGCCUACCAUCGAUGCACAACGAAGAUUGAAUCCACCAAUGAAGGAGGUUGCUAGAAAAGAAGUCUUAAAGUGGUUAGAUGCUGGGGUAGCGUAUCCUAUUUCAGAUAGUAAAUGGAUGUUAGACAAGUUGGCAGGCCAAGAGUACUACUGUUUCCUUGAUGGGUACUCAAGGUAUCACCAAAUAGCUAUAGCACCGGAAGAUCAAGAGAAAACGACAUUCACGUGUCCAUAUGGUACUUUUUCUUUUCGACGAAUGCCAUUUGGGCUGUGUAAUGCUCUAGCAACAUUCCAGAGGUGUAUGAUGGCCAUAUUUUCAGAUCUAAUAGAGAAAUGCAUCGAGGUGUUUAUGGAUGAUUUUUCGGGAGUUCGAAGCUUUUUGGGUCAUGCCGGGUUCUACAGAAGAUUUAUGAAAGAUUUCUCCAAAAUUGCCAAACCUUUAUCCAAUCUUCUCGCUAGUGGAGUACCUUUUGACUUUGGGAAGGAUUGUCUUGAAGCAUUCGAAAUUCUCAAGGAUAAGUUAAUCUCAGCACCGAUCGUGACUACACCAGAUUGGGAAUUACCUUUUGAAAUCAUGUGUGAUGCAAGUGAUUAUGCGAUUGGAGCAGUGUUGGGACAACGGGUUGACAGGGUAUUCAGAACUAUUUACUAUGCAAGCAGGACCUUGAAUGAUGCUCAACUGAAUUAUGCUACUACAGAAAAAGAGAGGAUGGCUAUAGUGUUUGCGUGUGACAAAUUCCGACCCUACUUGAUUGAAAUAAAAGAUAAGAAGGGUACGGAGAAUUUAGUGGCAGAUCAUUUAUCAAGGUUGGAACUUGAAGAGAGUCAGAAUACAAAGGAGGUUCAGAUUAAUGAGGACUUUCCUGAUGAGCAACUAUUUCCCUUGAAUUCUACUGUACCUUGGUUUUCUGAUUAUGUGAACUACUUGGCUGCAGACAUUAUACCAUCAGACUUGACAAGGCAACAAUUAAAGAAAUUCUACUCCGAAGUCAAACACUACUAUUGGGAGGAGCCUAUCCUCUAUAAGCAUUGUGCUGAUCAGAUUAUCAGAAGAUGUGUGCCAGAAGAGGAGAUGUUUUCCAUAUUAACUCAUUGCCAUAGCUUACCAUGUGGGGGACACUUUAGUGGGAAUCGAACUGCUGCAAAGAUUUUACAAAGUGGAUUCUUUUGGCCUACCUUAUUUAAAGAUUCUCACCAAUUUGUCCAAUCAUCUGAUCGUUGUCAAAGAACUGGGAAUAUCUCGAGAAGGAAUGAAAUGCCUUUGACUGGAAUAUUGGAAGUGGAACUUUUUGAUGUGUGGGGCAUUGAUUUCAUGGGACCUUUUCCGUCAUUUUACAACAAUGCCUACAUACUGCUAGUUGUGGAUUAUGUCUCCAAAUGGGUACAAGCAGCAGCAACACAUUUGAAUGACGGUAAAACAGUGCUCAACUUUCUUCAGAAAAAUAUUUUCACUCGAUUUGGAACGCCUAGAGCAAUUAUUAGUGAUGAAGGAAGCCACUUUUGCAACAAACAGUUUGAAGCUCUACUUGCAAGAUAUGGAGUUCGCCAUAGAACUGCACUCCCUUAUCAUCCUCAGAGUAAUGGGCAAGGAAAAGUUUCCAAUAGGGAGAUUAAAUUAAUUCUGGAGAAGACGGUUCAACGGUCAAGAAAAGAUUGGGCUAAGAAGUUGGAUGAUGCAUUAUGGGCUUAUAGAACAGCGUUCAAAACACCAAUAGGAAUGUCUCCCUAUCGGUUGGUCUAUGGUAAGGCUUGUCAUCUUCCAGUCGAAUUAGAACACAAAGCGUUCUGGGCCACGAAGACAUUAAAUAUGGACUUGGCAGCAGCAGGAGAGAAGAGGUUGUUACAACUUAAUGAGAUGGAUGAGUUUCGUAACGAGGCUUAUGAAAAUGCCAAGAUAUAUAAAGAGAAAACUAAAAGAUGGCAUGAUAGAAACUUAGCCAGAAAAGAGUUCCAGCCCGGCCAACAAGUUCUAUUAUACAAUUCCAGGUUGAAGCUUUUUCCUGGAAAAUUGAAAUCAAGGUGGUCUGGACCGUUCACAGUGGUUCAAGUUUUCCCAUAUGGCGCGGUGGAAGUUAAAGGAGAAAAACCAGAGACUUUCAAAGUCAAUGGUCAACGAUUGAAGCCUUAUUUGGGAGGCCGUAUUGAUGAAGCCAAGAAAGUUAUUCAAUUGGUGUCUCUGUAA